AUGGCGUUUGUUUCCACGUUUCGCCGUCUCUUGGCCGGAUCCAACAGCCUCUCGUCUUCUCCAUCCUCCUCAUGGGUUCGCCACUGCUCUACUCUUACAUCUCCCAAGCUCUUCGUUAGCGGUCUCUCAAGACUCACAACAAAUGAAAAGCUUCAGGAUGCAUUUGCUCCUUUUGGCGAGCUCGUUGAUGCGAGAGUGAUCACAGACAGAGAGACCGGGAGAUCAAAGGGUUUCGGUUUUGUUACAUAUGCAACAUUAGAAGAUGCAGAGAAGGCUAAGGAAGGGAUGAACGCAAAGUUCUUGGACGGUUGGGUGAUCUUUGUGGAUCCUGCACGACCUCGAGAGCCAAGACGGCCUAUGCAACAGGAGCCGCAGUCUUCCUCUGGAUCUGGUUUCACAACCAACAAAACCAUUGGGUGGUAUAAAUAA